UAGUAUCCGCAACUACAGCACUUCAGUUUAAACACAACCAACGACACAGAAACGACGACGAGAAGCGGGGGAGUGAGGUUCACAAUAGGGAGAACGGCAACGGCCGCCGGGCUCGCGCGCGCGAAAAGCCACCAUGAUGGCCGGCGGCGGCAGCGACCACCGCGACCACGAACGGUCAGCGACACCGGCACCAGGCGACAUGGCGGCUGGGGAUGCGUUGCGCGCCAUCGAGGCCAGCGCCAACGGCAAUGCGACGAGCCCCAUGAAGUGCUGCUGCGGGCUGGAGGAGUGCGUGUUCCUCAAGCACAACUACUCGGUGCUCGACAGUGUCGAGAGGGACGUCCACACGGCGGCGCGGAUGGGUCAGGCCCUCCUUGCACGUCAUGAAGCAUACAUGGCCGAUGCAGAGCGCGACCGCAACGAGCUCACCGCGCGGAUCGGCCAGCUGGAGAUGGACAACAAGGAGCUGCAGGAACGCAACGCCCGCACUGUAGAGGAGAACCGCAGCCUGCUCGACCAGCUCGAGGCGCUCAACACUAGCGUGAACGAUUCCGAGAGCCGCAUCAAGUCCCUCGAGGCUGGACUGCUCUCAUCGCAACAGAUGAUCCGCCGGCUGGAGCGGGAGACGGAGCGUGCUAUGCUUCUUGAGAGGCAAAUCUCGUUCCUCGAGCAGGAGCAGGAAGACCUGCAGAGCAGCCUAUCGCUCUCCCGUGAGGAGGCCCGGUCGGCUGUGUCGAGAUGGAAGAAAGCCGAGCGCGGAAUCGUGGACCUGCAGGAACAGCUGGAGCGGAUGGAGCGUGAGAUGCGCGAGGAGAGAGAGCACCACGAACAGAUGAUGGGUCGAAUCGAAAAGCAGCGUGAUAUGGAGAAGGAACUUAACGCGGCGGCCGGGCGUCUCAAGGGCGCCGCUGCUCUCAAGUCGCUCAACCAGACAGGCAGCGGUAGCGCAGUCGUGUCCCAUUUCGUGCGCGACCUGCUGCAGGACAAUGCCAACCUACAGCACGGUAUGGCACAGCUGCGCGAGAUGCUCAUCAACUCAAACGACGAGAUACAAGCCUUGCGGGACCAGCUCAUGUUCCACCAACCCGUCGAAAGCCAGGACGGCACCACGACACCAACCUUGCGGGCGGAGCUCGGAGGCAGCGAGCUGUCACCAACAAAGGAAAACCCGCCAAGGCUAUCACAGGAGCUGCACAUACACCACCACUACCAUGUGACGCCAAAGCAGGAGAACAAGAAAGCGAGGAAGAAGCGGCCAGGCUUGACCGGUGGAGUGUUCAUACCACCUGCCUUGCAUCACUCUGGCACACCGCCAAUGCUGCACGGCAGGAGCAGUUCUGGUGAUCGAAGUGUUGAAGGCCAUAGACUCCCUCGCUGGUCGAUGCUGUCUGAGCAGUCGUCAGACUUUGCACUGUCAUCUGGGCUAAGCUCUCCAACUUCGGUGGACAAUCGAAACUCUGUUUUCGACCCCAGGCUGGACUCGUUCCCAGGCUCACCAACGACCAGUGUCGAUCCAAUGUCGCCCUCAUGGCGCGCAAGCCAUCGAAAGCAGCCAUCGAAUAUGUCUGCCAGAAGUUUUCAACUCUCAGCACCAUUCUCGCCAGCACAGCCGAUGCCGAUGUCGACACACACGAUUGUGGAGGAGUGCGAUGACGGCGAUGUGCCACCCGAGCUGUUGAACCAUACCGACGAGUCCGCCGCAGAUGAUGAGACGUCGUCGAGAGACCAUGACGGGACAAAUGAGGACAUCUCGGUUGUCUUGGAGGAUAUGGAUGACGAUUAUACUUCUCAACGACGACUCCGCAGGGUCUUGUCCCAUGAGUCAAUCAUCUCGUUGUCUGGUGGCCUCGAUAUUCAUACGCUCAAGGCUCGGCCCAGCCAGCUGACGCUGCGGCAUCUUGGCAGCUCGGCCGCGUCUGUUACGACAAGUAGCACAGUGACUGCCCGACCUAUUUUGUCCCGUGACUCAGCCAAGCGGAGCAGCACGAUGCUGCGCGACCACUACGGACUGACUCCGGUCGGCAGUCUCCGAUCUGUGUCGAGCGGCUCCACGCAGAACGGGCACUCAAAACUGGGAGCCUGGACUGGCUGGCGGCCGUGGGGUGGUUCUUCGACAACGACGAAUUCAUCGACAACCACCACUACGGUUUCCACCACAACGACGACAACGUCAUUGCCUACAUCGAUCACGUCGGCGACAGUAGCUACCGCGGCCUUUCCUGUUGACGUUGCAGGUUUUACGACUCCCAACCCAAGCACUCCUGCGCCAAAGAAGACGCAUUCGGAGAAGAGCAGUGCAGCUGCCUCGAUGAAAUACUUCGGUCGAUCACCGGGCAUCAACCAACCUGGAGCUAUUCCAGGGUUUCACGAGUUCCUUGCUGCCGCGCAAAAGCGGGUGCCACCCAGCAGAGUGCAGCCAGUGAGCGUCGACCAUACUGCUCUACGGGAGGUGCUCGAGGAGGCGUGAUGAGCAUCAUAUACACGCCCAUCAACACGGUCUCACGCUGCCAUGCACACCUUUGGCAUAUUAUCAAUGCCACCAACUCGACCAUUUUUUCACAUUUACCACGCACCAGCUAAUCACGACUGAUGCUGCACAUAUAAAGAACUUGUAAUCACCUUUCAAAGACAGCAUCAGCUCUUCGCUCACUUGCUACACCGGACACGACCAGCUUGUCGUCCUCACCAAAACUGUUUCCUUGUUAUCAUAUUCGUUGCACAUUAGCGUUGUCGUUUUUUUUUGUCAAU